CGGAGAGCAAAAAUUGAUAUCAUUCAUCGACGGGCAUUAUUGAACCAUCACGACUGACUAGCCCAUCACUUCAGAAUCCUCUCCUCGUCGUUUUUUGGGUUUCGUUCAUCCCGUGUAUCAUCAUGAUAUAAUCUAGAAGUUUUCCUUACAACGCCAACAUCAUGCCAACAAUCCGAAGAGUCCAACCUUCGGAUCUGUUCCAUCUAAAUCUUUGUAACCUCGACCCAUACACGGAAAACUAUGACCUAGGUUUCUACCUGACAUACCUAAUGAAAUGGCCCUCUCUAUUCCAGUGUAUCGAAGAACAUGGUCAGAUUGUUGGCUACAUUAUCGGUAAAGUCGAGUCUUCUCCUGCCUCUCUACAGGCUUCACCCCAUUUCUUGCCAUGGCACGGCCACGUGACCGCGUUGUCAAUUGCACCACAGUACCGGAGGCUGGGUUACGGGAAGCUAUUGACCGAGGCUCUGGAAAAGGCUUGUAAUCAACAAGACGCCUGGUUCGUGGAUCUCUUUGUCCGCAAAAGCAAUAAGAAUGCCAUCGCCAUGUACGAGAGUAUGGGCUAUUCCACCUAUCGCACUGUCGUCAAGUAUUACUCGGACGACCCAACCGGCGUGUCCAAGGACGGAGAGGAUGCGCUAGAUAUGAGAAAGUCACUGGACCGUGACAAAGACAAAAGGCAUGUUCGGGAGAACGGAGAGAGCUUCCAGGUCGACCCAGAGGAUGUCUUCUAACCAGUGAAAACCCACCAUACACCAUCAUGUAAGGAAUAUGAGAUAUUCGCCUCCUCGCGCAAUGCAAAAGUCUUCAACAA